CCCAACUCACGCACACCCACACCCACACCCUUCGCAUUUGCUUUGAUGACAGCAUUUAUUUUCUUUGCCUAAUUUCAAAUUUGAGCAUCAUUUAUUGCACGUAAAGUGGUCGAACGUUGGUAUGAAUAUUUCAAGAUACCAAUCAUCAACAUUAGUCAUAUUGAUCAUAAGUUAGAUCAUGAACUAGUAACUGGGGAUAUUAAGAGGAAGGAGUAUUCAAUAAAAAUUCUUCUCGAUACUGUUGAGAAGGCAAUCCAAAAACGGAAACCGAACGAAACUCACGUCUCUAUGUAUAAAUCAAAUUGAGAACUAUUAAGGACAUAGCUUUUAUUUACAUGUAGGUCUUAGUAAAUGUACGCUGAUUCAUUAAUUUUAUUUUAAAAUUUAGGAAGUCAUCCAUAACAAUUUUUAUUAGAUUUAUUAGAAGGAAAAAUGUAUUAUUCUUCUAUUUUUAUUUGCAACAUUUUCCAUGUGUUCUCAACAUUCUCAAAUUAUUACCGUUUCAAUAUGUGAAGAAUUUCACUUUUGGGUUACCGGAAAACAAUAUCAUUCGUUAUGCAUUGAUAUCUUUAGUGUAUCAUAUCCAUAGUGUGAAACUUUUCGGCAAAUGAUUCGUCAUCAUAAGAUAGAAUUCCGCUAAUUUACUAUUCAAAAUCAGCGACAGGAAAACUUUUUUUUUGGAUUCAUUUCAAAAAGCCACUAUUUAUACAGAAAGCACAGUAUUACAACUGUUUCACGUAUUGCAUUGAAUCCCACAUAUUAAAAUUGUAGAACUUAACAUCGUUCCUUGCAGAAUACGAUAGUCGAAGAGACAAUGACACACAGUAUAAUAAGUCCCGAAAUCAAAUUACUAACAACGAAAAAUUCUAUCAUCUACAUAUUAAAAGUUUCCUUUCAAUAUCGAAAGACGUUAUUAUAAUGUUUUCAGAUUACACAACCGAUAAAAAAGGAUUUCGAAACUACGUCAAAUUAGACUUUUCGUUAAUAAUUGGCGAUUGGGUGUGUGUGUGAGUGUGCACUAUGAUAAGAAAAAACCAAGCCUAAACCCACACUCACCCCAAAAUAACUAAAAUCAAUAGGUUUUCUUAAAUUUGAGCGAUAUCUUUUUACUAGAAUUUCGACUAGAAAGCUCUGAUAAAAUGUUGACCCAUUCUGCCGAGAGAUCCCUUCAGAGCAUUAAUAGAACAGGCCAAUCUCGCUCAAUUCGCGAUGAUAUAAGCCUUUUAUAGUAGUACGUCUCCCAAACCAGACAGUAAAGUUUUUUUUUCGAUCACAAAUCAACAAAAUAAAGUAUAUCAAAGGAUUUAAUAUUAAACGAGAUACACUGUAGUUAAUCAAGAUUUAUACUAUUCAUGCAGUAAGUGUGAAAAGUCACUGCCUCAACGCUGGUAGAUUUAUGCAGUUGUCAGAACAGAAGAAGGCACUUAACAUACGUAUUGCCAAAGUGCAAUCUUUCUUCGAUACUGCACAUUUCAUCACAGUCUUUUAGUGCACUAUUAAUACAAAGAGGAUUCCAAUAUUAUAGUAAGUGAAAACAUGUCUCUUAGAGAACAGGUUUCAUCUAAACAGCUCAUUUUUUUAUAUUCACGUUUCUAAGAGUUUGUCGCAUUUUAGUAUGCAAGUAAUUGCAUCGAACAUUUUUUAGCGACCCAGUAUACUGGAAUAACAUGGAAACCUAAUGGCAAAAGAGUGGCUGGUGGCAAUGGCCCAGGUAGUAAUCUUAAUCAACUGAACUCCUCAUAUGGUGCUUUUGUUGAUUUAAAUGAUGUCCUCUUUUUUACUGACUAUUUUAACAACCGAGUUGCUAAAUGCGAUCAAGGAGCAUCACGUGGCCUUAUUUAUGCUGAAGGCCAAUGUGGAACAAGUAAUCAAGACAAACUAUGUAAUCCUACUGCCAUCACAUUUAAUAAAGAAGGUACUCUGUUAGCUACUGUCCAAUACGGUUGA